AAAUACAUUUGAUCCCUGCUGCUGAGAUUGCAAUUUGCGCUGUUUGUCUCGGUCCGUCCACUUUCCCCUCAGGCAGCCCGAGCUGAUCAGUCCGACGGCCCGCACAUGGAGCAGAGGCGGCCGCACACAGCUGGGAUAUCUGUGUCCCAUCCUGACAAAAAGGACUGUGAUGAGUGCCAGUUCCUGACUGGACAUGUGGAGUAUUAGGUAAAAUCCAACUGAGGAGACACUGCUUCAGACACACUGCCCUGCCUUAGACAAACAGGAUUUGAACCCUGGGGUCACGGACUCUCCAUAGCCAGAGGAGACAAUUCUUCAGUGUUAUUAUCGGAAAUGGCUAAUAAUAGAUGACAAGAAAGCCAGAGCAUUCUUUUGGCGGAGUCUUCUUGUGUAGCAGCCACAGCCGGAGAAGACAGCCGUCCUGGACUUUGGUAAAAUACGUUUCAGGUAAAUCAUGAUUCCCAUAACUGAGCUGCGCUACUUUGUGGAUACGCAACCUACGUAUCGCAUCCUGAAGCCAUGGUGGGACGUGUUCACAGACUAUUUAUCGGUGGUAAUGUUGAUGAUCGCAGUAUUCGGAGGCACUCUUCAGGUCACACAAGACAAGAUGAUCUGCCUGCCCUGCAAGUGGGUAGUUAACAAGACUUGUAGAAAGUAUUUCAAUGCCACGUUUUCUGUGCCCUUGACCCUGGAGCCUCAAGAAUCCAGUGACGACCUCGAUCGCCACCAGUACAACUAUGUCGAUGCUGUGUGCUAUGAAAACAAGCUUCACUGGUUCGCUAAGUAUUUCCCAUAUUUGGUGCUGCUGCAUACGCUCAUCUUUCUGGCUUGCAGCAACUUCUGGUUCAAGUUCCCUUGGACAAGCUCUAAACUGGAACAUUUUGUGUCUAUCCUGCUAAAAUGCUUCGACUCGCCCUGGACCACAAGAGCUCUGUCCGAAACCGUCGUGGAGGAAAGCGACCCCAAAGCUCUGGUGAAAAUGAACGGCUCCUUCGAUAAGAAGGCUUCGUAUGUGAGUGAAGACGUCGAGGCGAGUGUUCCCAUGCUGUCGACGACUAGAUCUCGCAUAGAGCAAGGAAUCGUGGACCACUCUGAGACUGGAGUCCUGGACAAAAAGGAAGGUGAACAAGCGAAGGCUUUGUUUGAGAAGGUGAAGAAGUUUCGAAUUCACGUCGAAGAAGGCGAUAUAGUCUACCGCCUCUACAUCCGACAGACUAUCAUCAAAGUUGUUAAGUUUAUUCUUAUCAUCUGCUACACCGGCUACUAUGUCCACAAUAUUCAGUUUAGCGUCGACUGCAAUGUGGACAUCGAGAGUCUCACUGGUUAUCGCAUGUACAACUGUGCCCAUCCCUUGGCCACUCUCUUCAAGAUCUUGGCCUGCUUUUACAUCAGUCUAGUUAUCGUGUACGGGAUGAUCUGUGUGUACACCCUCAGCUGGAUGCUGCGGCGCUCACUCAAGAAGUACUCGUUUGAGUCCAUCCGAGAGGAGAGCAGCUACAGCGACAUCCCAGAUGUGAAAAACGACUUCGCCUUCAUGCUGCAUAUGAUUGACCAGUACGACCCCCUCUACUCCAAGCGGUUCGCGGUGUUCCUCUCGGAAGUGAGCGAGAACAAACUUCGCCAGCUGAACCUCAACAACGAAUGGACUUUGGAAAAGCUUCGGCAGAGGAUCACCAAAAACUCCCAAGAGAAGCUGGAGCUCCAUCUGUUCAUGCUCAGUGGGAUUCCGGACACGGUCUUUGACUUGGUGGAGUUGGAGGUCCUGAAGCUGGAGCUCAUCGCUGACGUCACCAUCCCACCAAUCAUCGCCCAGCUUACUAACCUCAGAGAGAUGUGGCUGUACCACACGCCCGCCAAAAUAGAGGCUCCGGCUCUCGCGUUUCUGAGAGAGCACUUGAAAUCGUUGCACAUCAAGUUCACUGACAUAAAGGAGAUUCCUCUGUGGAUCUACAGCUUGAAGAACUUAAGCGAGUUGCACCUUACUGGGAACCUUAGUUCUGACAACAAUCGCUACAUCGUCAUCGACGGCAUAUGAGAGCUGAAGCGACUCAAGGUGUUGAGACUGAAAAGCAACCUUACAAAGCUGCCUCAGGUGGUCACUGAUGUUGGAAUGCACCUCCAGAAGCUGUCCGUCAACAACGAAGGAACCAAGUUGAUGGUGCUCAACAGCUUGAAGAAGAUGGUGAACCUCUCCGAGUUGGAGCUCGUCCGCUGUGAUCUGGAGCGCAUACCUCAUUCCAUCUUCAGCCUGCAUAAUUUACAGGAGAUCGAUCUGAAGGACAACAACCUGAAAACCAUUGAGGAGAUCAUCAGUUUUCAGCAUCUUCAUCGGCUUGUUUGUCUAAAGCUGUGGUAUAAUCAGAUUGCAUACAUACCUAUUCAGAUAGGUACUUUGGUCAACCUGGAGCGCCUCUAUUUGAACCGCAACAAGAUUGAGAAGAUACCACAUCAGCUCUUCUUCUGCCGGAAGCUGAGGUUUCUUGAUCUAAGCCAUAAUAAUUUGACUGACAUCCCAUCAGAUAUAGGAACUCUACAGAACCUUCAGUCCCUUGCUGUAACUGCCAAUAGGUAAGUCAGGCACUCCCCUGAGUUGUUUCAGUGUAAGAAAUCAACACUGAACCUCGGAAACAACUGCCUGCAGUCCCUGCCGUCACGGUUUGGGGAGCUCACCGGUCUGACACAGCUGGAGCUGAGGGGAAACAGGUUGGAAGGCCUUCCUGUAGAACUUGGGGAGUGCAGAUUGCUGAAGAGGAGCUGUCUCAUUGUGGAGGACAAUAUUUUCAACACUUUACCUUCAGAGGUCAAAGAGCAGCUGUGGAGAACUGACAAAGAAGCUUCUUAAAGCAGAUGCGUGAGCCUGAGAGCACUUGACUAUGUGAAGAUUUUAAAUGGCGUGAGUUAAAUCCAGAUAACAUAAAAUUAUACACAUUUGUUAAAUAUUACCGGGUUCAUUACAACGUUUCCUGAAAGACAAAAGGGAAAGAGUAAGUAUUUUACAUUUAGGCAUGUCUUGUAUUAUUAUAACAGACAGCCACGGCAUUUCUGUUGAGACACUGAGGAGUGAGCAGAUUGAAUUUUACAUCAGGAUUAAGGUGCUGUUCGUUUUUUGCCUUAAUAUGCACAACACUAUUCAGUUAUUGCAUUUUAUUAUGAACAUUAUGACUACAUUUUAAGUGUCUGUGAAGUCACUCUCCUAUUCUAUGCUAUAGCCUGUUCUUAAAUCCAUGUAUCUGUGUGGUUGAAGACCUCAACCCAAUUAGGGUUUACAGUUUUUACAGUUUACUGCUAAAAUACCACUGAGCAUAGCUGUUCAAAUUGCUUCUCAUUAAUAUGUGAAUAACUAGUUAUCAUUUUCUAAAACUUUGAGAGCACUACAUAACAUGUUGUACAGUUUUUUUAUCGACAUACUGAUAAUGCAAGUCAUCUGUUACGUGAAUCAUUUUUCUUUUUAAAAAUUUAGAAAGAUGCAUAAUUCAGUAUUCAUUAUCUUUUACGCUAUAGUAAGUUACUAUUGUCUACAGUCAUGUAAAAAUCCCUGUCUUUAUUAGAAGUUUAAUAAUGUGUUAAAUGAGUAUUUAUGAUUGCACAAAUAAUUUUUGAUGUGUGCAUGUUUGCAGUAUUUAUUUAUUUGACGCAAAAAUGAAGGCUAAGUACUUUUAUAUAAUAUACAUCACUAUCUACAUGUAUUUAUAGUGCAUUUUAUUAUUAUCACUAUUAGUAUUAUCAAUAUUGCUUUUUCUAAAAAGGUAGAAAAGGCCUUUUUAUAUAUACCUUACAAAUACAGCACCUUAUUUUCACCUGUCUGCUCACUUUGAAAUGCCUUGAGAAUUAUUAAUGAAUAAUUUCUAAUGAACAGUUCGCCUUUUGUAAAGGUAGAUUAUCCAUUGUAUUCAGUUUAAAGACCCACAAUGAAGUAGAUUACUACCCUCGACUUUGCACUAAAUGUUUUAUGUUCCAGUUAAACUCAUGUCAUGUUGUUCUCGUGACAGCGCACCACUAAUACGACAAUCAGACAUUUAGUAAAGUGUUAUGUAUGCGUGCAAUGCGGUUCUGACAUUGAAUUUUUAACUCUGAGUGUGUGAUGCAGGUUAAUACUUAAUGUUGCUCCUUUGCUUUGUGUAGGAUUAUCAGCUGUUCUUGUCUCACCAUUGUAAUAGCCAUAUUGAAUUUGGUGAUAUGUUAACAAACUUGUUGCUGUUGUUGAACAUAGCUUGCAUGUUUACUGUUUUACCUCAAGUAAGAAACUGUAGGAUUUUAGAAGAAAGCUUGUUUGUUUGUUUCUUCCUUGUGUGUAUAUGUAUAUACACACACACGAAACUAAGCUAAUAGAAUUUCAGAAGUUAACUCAGGUAAGUGCCGUUGAACUUUGUACAUCUAAAGCUUGUCAAACGUUUUUUUAUUAUUAUUUCAGUGUUAUUUUUUAAUCAUUGUUACCAGUGUUCACAUGCAUGUAACCAUUUGAUAUAUUUAUGGCUGACCUGAUUAUUUGUAAUAAAUCCACUAUUCUUUCCUUUUUUAUUUUUUGUUUGUUUGCAAAGUAAAUGUAAAAUAGAAAUGAAGUAAAUGCUACAAAAUGUAUAAAGCCAUACAGAGUGAAUAAACACUCGGGUUUAGUGUGUCAAUAAAAACCACUGUAAGCAA